AUGAACGAGUCCUCCGUGGACAGUCUAGGCUCGCAGCCACCUUAUUUGCAUCAGUCUUCGUCGCCCCUCGAAGCCUCCGGUCAUCAUCAUCAGCAUCAGCAUCGUCAUCAUCAACAUCACCAUCAGUACCAACGACAUCCUCAUCAACACGAGCACCAUAUCCAGCACAAUCAGCACCAGCACCAGCACCAGCACCAGCAGCCGCCAUCGCAACCGCAACCACCACCACCACCACCACCACCACCACAACCACAACCACAACCACAACCACAACCACAACCACAACCACAACCACAACCACAAUCGCAGCCGCAACCGAUUUCGCCGCCGGGCUUACAUCCCGCAUUCUACCUCUACGCCCAGUACACUAAUGGCAGCCCAGCGAUAUUCUAUUCCGAGUAUGUACAACGCAAUAACACGUGA